GCAGGUUGUAGCAAACAAAGUUUUAUGUCUGAGAGUUGAUCAUCUCUGCAAUACUACUACCUUCUGGCCUUUCUCUUCUAGUUUCAGAACUUGAAGUACUGCUGAAGCCUGCUCAGUAGUGAAGUUUUCAAUAUUGGAGCUGAAGUUACAUCUUAUCUUCCAUGGCUCAAAAUGUACCAGCAGAGAUGAGUAUCAGCCUGGAGGCCUUGGUUGAUAAGAGGAGUGACAAGGUUAUCUUUGUAGAGGCUGAUAAUGAUUUUAUUGAUGUUCUCUUCGGUUUCAUGGCAAUACCGAUGGGAAAGAUUGUCAGGCUUGCUCGCGACCAUUCAACUCCACUGGAGAUAGGUUGCAUGAACAAGUUGUAUCGGAGUGUUGAGAAGCUUGAUGAGCAGGUUUUCAGGUCCAAUGCAUGUAGAGACAUGCUGUUACUUCCACACAAUGCAGCUAACUGUCAUUUUAAGAACCUCAAAUUGAAAAUUAUUGAUGAUGCUGAGCCAAAAUGCUUUAAGUGUUACCAAGAGUCUCAUUCCUCCUGGUGCGGUUAUAAUGCAGGGAGUUUUUGCCCGCUCUGUAAAUUAAAUUGCAUAUUUUCUGAAGUAAGUCUUUCUGACUGUUAUUCUCAAGUUGGAGGGGUUUUUGUAAAAGAGCGAGCCAGAGUUAUAUUUACAGAUGAUUUUCAAGUGUUACCACCUUUAAGUGCUGCUAGCAUUUCCUUGUUUACCAAGCUUGGAGCUACGGAUAGCAAUACCACGGAUAGCAAUACUGCAAUACUACUGAGGAACGAACAUUCAGUAUUGGAGUCGAGCAGGUUUUGAAUUUGCUUUUGAGCUCAUUUGUAUCAAAAACUCCUUUUACUGAAACUCUGCUGAAGCCUAAUUCUGUACAAAAGUCAGUUGGUGCCAGUUUCAGUAAAUAUAGAUGCACUGAACCUGAGAUAUCGGAGAACUCUUCUAAUGGGGAAAAAGAGCACAUCUCUAUCAAACUCAUAGUCAGUAAAUUAAAGAAUGUGGUCUGCUAUGCAGAAGUACGAGAUGAUUUUGUUAAUUUGAUCAUCAGUUUCUUGACUCUACCACUUGGGUACAUAUUAAAGCAGAUUCUGGAUUUCCCUUGGAAAGGAAUCAAAGGAUGUAUUGAUCAGUUGUACAAGGGGGUCCUGGAUUUUGAUGA